GCGUGUCUAAGAGUAGGUGGGCGGGCCCUUCACGGGUAACGGCCGUAGGUCGGUCUUGUAGUGUCGUGAGCAGUGAGGGACCCGGUGACGGGUAGUUUGCCCGGCGGGUAGAGGAAAGGGCAGCCAUGGCUGGGCAACAGUUCCAGUAUGACGACAGUGGCAACACGUUCCUCUACUUCCUGACCUCGUUCGUAGGACUGAUAGUCAUCCCGGCCACAUAUUACCUGUGGCCCCGUGACCAGAACUCGGAACACGUCCGACUGAGAACCAUCCGUCAAGUAUAUAGAAGCUGCUUAUGGUACCAGCUGAAGGCUAUAAAGCCACAACAGAAUAUCGCUCCAACUGUGAAGAAAACAGUGCUGCUGCUUGGAUGGGCAUUGUUUAUAUUUCUUGCCUACAGAGUUUCCAAAACCGAUAAAGAAUACCAGGAAUACAAUCCAUAUGAAGUUCUAGGCUUAGAUCCGGGUGCCACUGUCACAGAAAUUAAGAAACAGUACCGUCUGCUUUCGCUGAAAUUCCACCCUGAUAAAGGAGGAGAUGAUGCUAUAUUCAUGAAGAUUGCAAAGGCAUAUGAAGCUUUAACAGAUGAUGAAUCCAGGAGAAAUUGGGAAGAAUAUGGCAAUCCUGAUGGACCACAAGCUACACAUUUUGGCAUUGCGUUGCCAGCUUGGAUUGUGGACCAGAGAAAUUCUAUGCUGGUGUUGCUGGUUUAUGGACUAGCCUUUAUGGUCAUCCUUCCAGUUGUUGUGGGUUCUUGGUGGUAUAAAUCAAUCAGAUAUAGUGGAGAUCAGAUCCUUAUUCGCACUACGCAGAUCUACACAUAUUUUGUCUAUAAGACACGGAACAUGGACAUGAAGCGUCUAAUUAUGGUCUUAGCUGGUGCUUCAGAGUUUGACCCACAAUAUAAUAAAGAUGCCACAAGCAGGCCUGCAGAUAAUAUACUAAUUCCUCAGCUGAUAAGAGAAAUUGGUGGUAUCAAUCUAAAGAAGAAUGAACCUCCACUAACCUGCCCCUACAGUUUAAAAUCCAGAGUCCUCCUACUGGCUCACUUGUCACGGAUGCAGAUACCAGACACACUAAAAGAAGAUCAGCAGUUUAUUCUAAAGAGGGGCCCUGCAUUGCUUCAAGAAAUGGUUAAUGUCAUAUGCCAACUGAUAAUCAUGGCACGUAGUCGAGAAGAGAGGGAGCUCAGACCACCAUCUCUUUCUUCUCUGGAGAACUGCAUGAAACUCUGUCAGAUGAUCGUGCAGGGCCUCCAACAGUUCAAAUCUCCCGUUUUACAGCUGCCAUUUAUUGAAGAAGAUCAUUUAAGACGGGUUUUUAACCACAAGAAGUUUAAAAUCAAGACCAUUCGGGACCUGGUCAGUAUGAAAGAGUCAGAUCGUCGUCUACUGUUCAGCUUUCUUGAGGACAGCAGCUAUGAGGAGUUGGUGGCAGUUCUUGGUAGUUUUCCAAAUAUCACAAUGGAGGUAAAACCUCAUGUUCUAGAUGAUGAAGACAGUAACAACAUUACAGUAGGCUCCCUCGUCACUGUUCUUGUCACCCUUAAAAGACAAACAAUGGCGGAAGUGUUUGAGAAGGAACAGUCGGCUUGCUCUGCUGAAGACCAGCCAGUUGAAGAAGGGCAAGGGGAAAGCGGCAAAGUAAAGAGCAAAGGCUGGCAGCAAAAAAAUAAAACUACAAAGAAAUCUUCCAAAUCAAAGAAGAAGAAACCACUGAAAAAGAAGCCUCCUCCUCCUCCUCCACCUUCAUCACAGCAGAAACAAGGAAAGGCGAAGCAAGCCAAUGAUACGAGUGCAAAUGAUGUUGCAUCGAAAGAGGAAGAGGAUGAUGUUUCUGACAAAGGUAGCGAUUCUGAAGACGAAGAUACUAAUAGGGAUUCCCAGAGUGAUGGGAGUGACAAGGAUUCCGACAGGGAGAAUGAUGACAAGCAAGGCAAAGACGAUGAAGCGGAGUGGCAAGAACUGCAGCAAAGCAUUCAGCGUAAAGAUCGAGCUCUAUUAGAAACCAAAUCUAAAGUUACACAUCCUGUAUAUAGUUUAUAUUUCCCAGAGGAAAAGCAAGAAUGGUGGUGGAUUUACAUUGCAGACAGAAAGGAUCAAACAUUAAUAUCUAUGCCCUAUCAUGUGUGUACACUAAGGGAUCAAGAGGAGGUGGAGCUAAAAUUUCCAGCACCAAGUAAACCUGGAAAUUAUCAAUACACGGUAUUCUUAAGGUCUGAUUCUUAUAUGGGCUUAGAUCAGAUUAAACCAUUGAAGCUGGAAGUUCAUGAAGCUAAACCUAUACCUGAAAACCACCCACAAUGGGAUACCACCAUAGAGGGUGACGAUGACCAAGGAGACAGUGAGGGCUUUGAAGAAAGCUAUGACGAGGAGGAGGAAGAUGAAGAAGAUGAUUAAAUUAAAUAACUAAACAGACUUAAAAGAUUUGCACAUGGUUGUCUAUCUGAUAUCGGAGCUAUUCCAUUCGCCAGAGCGACAAUGUAGAAGUUUUUUGAGGAAGUUUUUUUUGUUUUUUUAAGUUACUCUUCAGAAUCCUGAGUGUUUUGUGAUGAUUGGCUUGAAGGUCACACAAGCCUUUGCUACGUGCAUAGGCCUAGUGAUUUACUAAAGCCAACUGGUGCAGAGUGAAGCAUUUCCUUCAUCAAAAAUAAAAUAAAGGAUUUUUUUAUUAAAACAAUUAUCUCUUCAAUUCACAAAGUGCUCAUCAUCGCCAGCUAGAGACUUCUCUCUUGUACCACAAUGUCUACCACACUCACCCAGGACUUUCAUUAAUAUGUUAUACAAUGUUCCUUCCUUUAACUGACUUCCACAUAUUAUUCAAUGUUGUAUCAUCUGGUUUUACUUCAGCUUUUUAGUUGAAACAUUCCUCCAAAAUGUAAUUUUACAAGGGCACUAAUAUAUAAUACAAUGCUCUAUAAAAUACAAAUCUUCCCUCCUUUCUAUCACGUAAUGUUAUAUAUUACCGCUAGCCUGUCAAUGCAAUCAUGGGUUUGGUAAAGGAAUGGCUCUGUAAAUCCUGGGACCACAAGUUGCAGUAGUAUGUGUGGGGUUUUAUUGCAAAGAUGCCUUUUUUUUUUUUUUUUUUGUAAAUCAUACAUUUCAGAGACUAUGAAGUCACUUCCGAAAAGUCUGUCAGGAUAAGUAGUGAUGUGCUCCGUGACUAUACUAAGAC